CACUUCCUCUGAAGAAGAGCUACCACAUGAUGAAACAACAUGCUAACUAGCUUUCAUAGUUUGUGUUUUAAGUUCAUGUUCUACUAGUAUUUUCCUUUAUUUUCAGCCACACAUUUUCCUUGCCUACAUCGAGUUCAUCGGAUACAUUGUCAAGAUGCCUGUCCUGUGUAGCAGCUGUGCUGAAAAGCGGGCUGUGAUGAAACGGCCAAAAACCGGGCACUCUCUGUGUAAGGAGUGCUUCUUCUGGGCCUUUGAGGAGGAGGUGCAUCAGACGAUCCUGGCAGCAAAGCUUUUUAAACACGGGGAGAGAGUAGGAAUCGCUGCCUCGGGUGGAAAGGACUCCACAGUGCUGGCACAUGUAAUGAAGCUCCUAAAUGAGCGAUUUAACUAUGGCCUUGAACUCAUGCUUCUCUCGGUGGACGAGGGGAUCACUGGUUAUCGAGAUGACUCCCUGGAGACGGUAAAGAGGAACCAAGAACAGUACGAGCUUCCGCUGAAGAUUGUGUCGUAUGAGGAGCUGUAUGGCUGGACUAUGGAUGCUAUAGUGAAGCAGGUGGGACUUAAAAACAACUGCACCUUCUGUGGAGUGUUCAGAAGGCAGGCACUAGACAGAGGAGCCAUCAUGCUGAAAGUGGACAAGAUAUGUACAGGUCAUAAUGCUGACGAUGUGGCAGAGACAGUUUUGAUGAACAUCCUGCGAGGGGACAUAGCUCGUCUACGCCGCUGCACCGCCAUCUCCACAGACAGUGAAGGUGAUGGAGUUGUUCCGCGCUGCAAGCCCCUCAAAUAUGCUUAUGAGAAAGAGAUUGUCCUGUACGCAUACUUCAAGAGGCUGGACUACUUUUCCACUGAAUGUAUCUACUCUCCCAAUGCUUAUCGAGGCUAUGCAAGGACUUUUUUAAAGGAUCUAGAGAGUGUGAGGCCCAGCUCCAUAAUGGAUGUCAUGCACUCAGGGGAGAACCUGUCUGUGCGGGAGGGCCUGAAGAUGCCUGUGCAGGGGACCUGUGACCGCUGCGGCUACAUCUCCAGCCAGCCUCUGUGCAAGUCCUGCGUGCUGCUGGAAGGGCUGAACCGAGGUCUGCCGAAGCUGGGGAUAGGCAAACACCACCGCCUGCUUGAUAAAAUCCUCUCAGAGCAGCCCCUCACCGAGAAAGAGGAGAGAAAGCUCAAAGCAGUCGACUUUUGACAUGUACAGUUCUGUUUUUGUUGUUUUGUGUACAAUUACCCUGAUGAUAUGUCGUGAAGUUAUUUUAUCAAAUCAAGCGUUGUAUCUUCACAGGAGACGUCUAACUUGUCAACGUUCUUAUUUUUAAAAAUUAAAUAAUUAUCAAAAGUGUGUAUGGAGUAUUCUAAUUUGGUUGAACUCCUCGGACCGGUGAAAGUCAACUUAUAAAAGUUUAACUUGGAUUACUGAUCAAGAAAUACUUAACAGUUGCUUUAAAAAUGUUUCUGUUGAGCUUCAGAUGAUAUUUUAAAUAGGAAUGGUAGGUGUAUCCAUUUGUUUUUUUUGGGUUUCUUCAUUACUAGUCACAUACAGCCAUGGGAUUAUGUUCUUACAUUGCAGAAAUCAGCACCACUUAAAGGUCUAAAUCCUGGCUGUUAACACACACGCUUUAAAGAAACGUACACUGUGUGUGUGAGAUGCAGAGACGAGGACCUGCACAGAAAGAUCUCAUGUUUUAUUUAUUUAUUCUAUGCUAUCUCUUAAAUUCAAUGCAGCAAGUUGUGUUGGAUAUGAUGACAUAUCAUGCCAAAGUGUUUCAUGAGCUAUAAAUUAAUAAAUGCCUUGUCCUACA